AUGACCUACACCUUCGUCCUGGGCUUCACGGCCGCGGCCGUGGUUCUGCAGCUCAUCCGCAUGGCGCUUGCUUCCUGGCAACACUCGCGCAAGGCUCGCGAACUGGGCUGUAGCAGCCUGCCAUUGUUCCCCUGCAAGGAUCCCAUCGGUAUCGGUAAUCUGAAGCAGACACUGGCGGCCGACAAGGAGAAAGUCCUUCCGGAGCUGUCAGCACGCCGCGUUGAGAUCGUGAGCGACCAGGAGGGCCGCUACGUCACCACCUUCGUGCUGCGCAACCUGGGCCGCAACUUGGUGUUCACAAUUGAUCCGAAGAAUGUCCAGGCCGUGCUGGCCACGCAAUUUAAGGACUUUGAGCUGGGCGAGGUGCGCCGUCAUAGCAUGCACCCGCUGCUCGGCACUGGAAUCUUUACCGCCGAUGGAGAGGAAUGGACCCGAUCCCGUGGCUUGCUGCGCCCGCAGUUUACUCGUGAACAGAUUAGCCAACUCGAGCUAGAGGAAGAACAUGUGCAGAAAGCGAUGCAGGCCCUGCCCCUUGCUGCGAAUGGGUGGACAGCCGCAACAGACCUCCAGUCGAUCUUCUUCCGGCUGACCAUCGACUCCGCCACGGAAUUCCUAUUUGGCGAGAGCGUGGAGAGCCAAUUGGGUGCCGUUCAGGGCCUUCAGCGACCCGAGGACUCGUUCGCCUACUUCUUCGACAAAUCGCAGUGGGUCUGCGCCCAGCGUAGCCGCUUCGAGAAGCUCGCCUUCAUCGUGAACAACAAGGAAACUCGGCACUCGGAUAAGCAGGUUCACGACUUUGUGGACCGCGUGGUCAACAACGCGCUGAAGUCUGUGCAGAGCGGAAAGGCCCCCGUCGAGGAAGAGAAGUCCCAGAAAUACGUUUUUCUAGAGGCCCUAGUUUCCGUCACCCGCGAUCCGAUUGAGCUGCGCUCGCAGCUGCUGAACAUCCUCCUCGCCGGCCGCGACACCACCGCCUCCCUGCUUAGCUGGACCGUCCUGAUGCUUGCGCGCAACCCCGAUGUGUUCAAGAAGCUGCGCGAAACAAUCAUCGAGACCUUCGGCACCUACUCGAACCCGCAGAACAUCACCUUUGCCACGCUCAAGUCUUGUCAGUACCUGCAGUACUGCAUGAAUGAGUCGCUCCGCCUGUUCCCCGUAGUUCCAUUUAACCGCCGCUCCGCCACCCGCGACACUACUAUUCCGCGCGGUGGCGGCCCAGACGGCCAGUCACCCGUGUACAUCAAGAAGGGCCAGUCUGUUGUGUACAGCACUCACGUCAUGCACCGCCGCAAGGAUAUUUGGGGUCCAGACGCCGAGCAGUUCAAGCCGGACCGCUGGCUGAACCGCAAGGUGGGCUGGGAGUACGUUCCGUUCAACGGUGGCCCGCGCAUCUGCAUUGGCCAGCAGUUCGCGCUCACCGAGGCCGGUUAUGUGCUGGUCCGUCUGCUUCAGCGCUUCGACCAGAUUGAGGACGUCAAUGCUGGCCGGAAGAUUCGUUGGGGCUUGACUCUGACCAGCUGCCCGGCGGAUCUGUUGACCGUCCGCAUGCACCAGGCGGACGAUUUGUGA